GCUGCAGAUCGCGUCGGACUCUAUUGCACCGGAGCGGGAAGUCGAAGCGAGAAAGGAAGCACGGCUGCUUGUCUGUCCAUCGAGAUCGACGAUUCGCGCUGCUGAAGCGAGUGACGUACGUAUAGGUGCACCUGCUACCUCUUCCUCCCUCGUACAGCGUCAAGUGCACUCCGGAGCGAUGAUCUCCGUCUCGGCAGCCUCUCGCUCCGCCUUCAAUCGCUCCCCCGUUCCAAUCUCCCAGUCGCGGACUUACUUUCGCUCUUCAUCUCAUCUCUGCAUACCCAUCGUUCGUUCAACCGCGACUGACCCACACCUCCAGAUACUUGUCGGAACCAAUCGCGUGUCUACCAACUUAGACUUGGCAUAAUGACCUCUCUCGACGUGACGCCUGGGCAAUUCCUGGCUACCCUUGCGGUCGUAUGGCUAGUGGGGUACUUCAUCCAACACCGUCUCAACCCACUGAACUCUAUCCCCACUAUCGGCCCUUCCGCGCCGCUCCUCUCCUACAUCGGGGCCAUUCGCUACUUACGCGAUGCCGAGAGUCUUUUACGAGAGGGCCAUGAGAAGUAUGACGGCCGUGUCUACAAGGUCGCCAUGCUCGACGGCUGGCUCGCUAUCUUCACCGGCCCGAAACUCAUCGACGAGCUUCGCAGGUGCUCAGAUGACGAGCUGUCCGCAGUCGAAGGCGCCUCACAGGUGCUCCAGCUAAGGCACACGCUCGGCCCGGGCGUGGACGACCAAUUUCACGUCGCAGUCGUACGCGACAAACUCACGCGCAGCCUACAAGCGCUUUGCCCAGACGUGGUCGACGAGAUCUCUGCUGCUUUCCAGGAGUACAUUCCCGCUACAGGGAGUGAAUGGGUCGGAGUGCGUGCAUUCCCUAUCGUCCAGCAAGUGAUUGCGCGAGCGAGCAACCGCGUAAUCGUCGGCCUGCCCAAAUGCCGUGACCCGGAGUACCUCAAAGUGGCCGUCACCUUUACGAACGACGUGUUCAUCACGUCCUUCCUCAUCAACCUAUUCCCCGACUUCCUUAAACCUGUUAUAGGGCGCAUGACAACCAUGGUCUCAAAGAACAAGCGGGCUCUCAUGCCUAUGGUCGUACCCAUGCUGCAAGAACGGCAGAAAAUGUACGAAAAGUAUGGAGACGAUUGGGCGGACAAGCCCCGCGACUUGCUCCAGUGGCUACUUGACGAGGGACGCGACAAGGGCACGCCGUUCGACAACAUUGUCGAGAAGGUCCUCCUCGUCAACUUCGGCGCGAUCCACACCUCCAGCGGCACGUUCACACAUGCGCUCUACAACCUCGCCGCGUACCCCGAGUACAUCCAGCCGCUCCGCGAAGAAGUCGAGGGCAUCAUCGCCGAAGAGGGCUGGACGAAGACCUCGCUCGGGAAGAUGCGCAAGGUCGACAGCUUCCUCAAAGAGUCCAUGCGCCUCGCUGACGGCUCCCUCCUGGCGAUGUUCCGCAAGGCGAUGAAGGACGUCACGCUCUCGGACGGGACGCGCAUCCCGCGCGGGACGCUCGUCGCCGCGGCGAGCGCGACCGCGCACCGCGGCGACGACACGCGCUACGCGGCCCCAGACGCGUUCGACCCGUUCCGCUUCGCGCGCAUGCGCGAGGGCGGCGCGGACGCGGCCGUCAAGCACCAGCUCGUGAACACCUCCGUCGACUUCCUUACGUUUGGACAUGGGAAGCAUGCGUGCCCGGGCCGGUUUUUCGCGGCGAACGAGCUGAAGACGAUGCUCGCGUAUGUUGUGCUCACGUACGACGUCAAGUUCGAGAGGGAGGGCGUGCGGCCCGCCAACUUCCGCUUCGGCCCUGCUGACCUCCCUGCGCCGAACGCGACGGUGCUGUUCAGGAAGCGGCAGGAUGUGUCGGGGGCGAGGAAGGUCGUAGUCUAGAAUGAGUGUUGUUGGCUCUGCGUGUACAUGUGGAUGGAUCGGAUGGAUAUGUGUUGCCCCUAGGGCGGCGAAUGUACAGUGU